AUGGCUGGCUGUGUAUUUCUAAUAGGUUACUGUGGUAGCAUUGUGAAAGAUGGAUGUAACACAGACAUCGAAACCGCCGGAGAAGAAGCAAGCAAAGGCAGGCGUAGACACUGCCCCAACAAGCACGCAGAGAGCAAGAAUCGAUGCCGCCACUACGGGAAACGCAGGACCCGGCUCAGACCUCUCCGAAAGUUGACAGCCACAAAGCAACCCCGCCCUGUCGUAAAAGAACAGUCACUGCUUCUCCUAAGUGGACAAAAUCAAGAGUUCACCAAACAAGGAAUGGCAGAAAUGGAUGUCUUUGUGUUUCAGGAGCCACUGCCAGUUGAUGAUGAUGAUUUUAAAGAACCGUUGAAAAAGAGAAGGAGAUCAGAUCGCGACCAACGCUUCCGAGCGUUUCCGUCCAUGGAGCAAAGUGCCCUGAAGGAGUAUGAAAAAUUGGAGUCACGAACCAGAAGAGUUCUGAGCAACACUUACCAGAAACUUAUUCAGUCUGUCUUCCUGGAUGACAGCAUUCCCAGUGGGGUCAAGUAUCUCAUAAACAGACUUCUGGCCUUAAUUGAAAAGCCAUCAUUGGAUCCAGUCUACAUUGGAUUAUUUGGAAGCACCGGGGCUGGGAAGAGCUCUCUAAUUAAUGCCAUCAUCCAGCAAGCGAUGUUUUUACCUGUGUCUGGAGAAAGUACGUGCACUUCAUGCCUUGUGCAAGUGAGCUCGGGCAGCUGUGACAAGUAUGAGGCCAAAAUACACUUUCUUUCUGAUCAGGAGUGGAAGGAGGAGCUGAGGAACUUGACUACACUCCUCCAUAGGACAGAGGAGUUGGACAAGGAAGAGGAUGCAUGGGACAGGGAUGACGCAGUGGACGAAGCCAUCUGGAAGCUCCAAAUGCUCUAUGGAAAUGGAGCUGAAAGUAAGAACUAUGAGGAGUUACUAAGGGCCAAGCCUAGAAGAAAGAUUCCCACCUCUAGAAUCAUCACUCUCAAGGCAGAAGAGGCAGAAGAAUUGUCUAUCAAGCUGGACCCCUAUAUCCGGGCUCAGAGGAGAGAGUGCAAUCUGGAAUCAGCUGGCACACAGAUUUGGCCAUUGAUCAAAUACGUGGAAGUGACUCUUCCUAAAUCUGAGCUAAUUCCAGAAGGAGUUGUGCUGGUGGACAUUCCAGGGACAGGGGACUUCAACAGCAAGAGGGAUGAGAUGUGGAAGAAGACCAUUGACAAGUGCUCAGUGAUCUGGGUGAUCAGUGACGUCGAAAGAGCUUCUGGGGGACGAGCCCAUGAAGACCUCCUCAAUGAGAGCAUCAGAGCCUGCCAACGGGGCUGCCACAAGGACAUUGCCCUGGUGGUCACCAAGACCGACAAACUCCACUUGCCAGAAUAUUUAAGGGAAAGGAAAGUGGGAAAUCAAGCUAUUCAAAGCCAGCGGGAGGCUGUUUUAGAAAGAAAUGAGACACUAAAACUACAAAGAAGUCGAAUCCUCAAGGAAAAACUGAAGAGAAAACUGCCAGCUGACUCCAAGAUUCUAGAAGCCUCAGAUCUGGUAUACACCGUCAGUGCCCAAGAGUACUGGCAGCGGACUCUGCUCACUGAAGAGGAAACUGAAAUUCCCAAGUUAAGAGAGUAUAUCAGGAAACGAGUCUUAGACAUGAAGAGGAGGAUGGUGACCAAGUACGUGACUGAAGCCUUUGGCCUAUUGCUCCUCACAGACAGUUUCAACUCCACGGACGACAUGCCGAAUGAAUACUUGCACAUGAGCAGCCUGAGGAGAUUUGUGGAAGAGCAGUUACAGCAGCUCGAGAAGACCAUCAGCCAAUGCUUUGCCCUCAUAGAGCAGCCUCUGCAGAAAGGAGUAAGGAAUGCCAGGACUUCCUAUCGCAGGACCCUCGGCAGAUGCCUGGUGAGGAGUAAAGGAAACCAAGGUUUUCACCAGACUCUGAAAGCUGUUUGCGUGAAAAAUGGUGUCUAUGCCUCCAGGACUCUCGCAAGAAUCGAUCUGAAUGAAGCCAUCACACAGCCGAUUUAUGACCAGAUCGACCCUAUCUUUGGAGGCAUUUUUAGGACGGGGAAAGCCACCGGCUCAGCCCUGAUGCCUCACAUAGAUGCUUUUAAACACUCUCUGCAGGAGAAAAUGACAGAAAUUGGGAUUAGACAUGGCUGGAAAUAUGAUAGCUGCAAAAGAAGUUUCCUGAUCCAAGAGAUAAGCGCCAUCCUGGGAGGCCUGGAGGGACACAUCCUCAGGAAGAAGAGGAGGAUCUACGAGUCUCUCAGCGCCUCUGUUCAGAACGACCUGAAGUCCUGCUAUGAAGAGGCAGCUCAAAUCACUGGCAAAAAAGCCUGUGAGAGAAUGAAAGAUGCCCUCAGGAGAGGAGUGGAGCAGCAGGUGGCAGAGGGCAUGUUUGAAAGGGCUCAGGAGAGGAUGCAGCACCAAUUUCAACAACUGAAGAAUGGAAUCACAGAGAAGGUGAAGGCGAGUAUCUCCACCAUGCUGAGCCUUGCUUCAUCCCAGGAAGUUGGCCUCUACAAGGAGCUUGCAGAUGUCAAGACUGAGUACAGGGAGAUGGAAAAGCUACACAGGAGCCUGAGGGAGGUAGCCGAGAACGCCGUCCUGAGGAGAGGCAUGCAGGAGUUCCUCCUGAGAAUGUCACCCAGCAAAGCCGGACCCCGCCCCCCAGAACACAGCUUUAGUCCCUGA